AUGCGUCGUGGACGUCAAAACCAAAGAGGACAUCGCCACGUCAUGCAAAAAAAAAAAAAAAAGAACUCGGCCAAAGAAUUUUUAUGGGACAUCGCCAUGACGGAAAAAGAAAAGGUCGAAGGCAAUCGAUUGACGUUCCGAGGCAACUCUCCGGCCACCAAAGCCACGGAGGCUUACUUGAAGCUGACCGACGAAAAAUAUUUGCACGAGACGUUCAGUGAACUUGUGUCAAACGGCAUGCAGACUAUAGUUCCCGAUUGCGAAGUGGAUCCAUUGAGAGUCGGCAAGCCCGGAUUUAGGGGGGGGGCAGAAGGGUCCACGUCCCCGGGACCCACGUAUGUGAAAGGACCGUAA